UGACUCUUCUUGUUUAAGAGGCAAAUCUAUUAUUCUCGUAAAAGCCACAGAUUGCUAUAUAUUAUAUUUAUGAACUUCAAAAAUAUUUACUAGGUUCAUAUUAUUAUAUAUUAUUAUAUUAGUACCAGGAAUUAUCGGCUGUAAUAUUAAAAAUGGACAGUGACGUUUUUUAUGAUCGGAACAUGUUUUUUACUGAACUGUCCCAAAGUAUUGAUAGAAAAAAGUUAUCUACAAAUGUCUUAUUUGAAAAUUAUCUAAAUCAUUUUAAAGACAUAGUUCAACAUAAUGGAUUGGUUGAAGAAGAAAUGAAAAUAAUUUGUCAAUUGUUUUGUACAGUUGAAUUAAAUCUAAAAACUUUCAAACAAGUACUUUUAAUUCUAGUACCAGAAAAUCCAAAUAUUCCAACUGAUGUUUGUGAGGAACUUAUUGUUUUAGUCUUAUCAAUUUAUCAUGAAAAUGUUAAUAAUAUGAAGAAAGCUGAAUGCAUAUUAUAUUGGUUACUUUAUGUAGUAGAAGAAAAAUUGACUAAUGUGGAUAUAAUUGAUAAGUAUUAUAAAAUUUUAUUUCAUCUGUGUACUUAUGGAAAUUUAAAUUCACCAGUUGCUGGUAUUAUUUAUUUUUUGACAAAACCUGAGGAUGUGCAAAAUUGGAUGAUAACAUGCUGCAAGAAUAUUAUUAAUAUUGGUAAAAAUGAAUCUUCGAUGAACAAAUUGUUAACUUUCUUUGAAAAUCCAAAUUUAAUUCUUGAAACUCGCCAAAAAGGACUUUUUGACUCUAAGUCAAAGUUUGUUAUACAACUUGCAAAUGGUUUACGCAGUGUUAAAAAAGAAUUAAUUAGUAAACAUCUCAAUUCUACAUCUUUACAACUCACAGAAUAUAGUAAAAAGAAUUCAGAUGGAUUUUACAGUGAAAUAAAGUUUGUCAAUGUAAAUAACAAAUUUGAAUUGCCAAGAACUAAAGAUUUAGCAAAAGUAAUCAUGGAUCAAAGUAUUUCUAAUAAUAGUUUAUCACUUUUAGAUAAUAUUAGUGGUUGGUGUAAAUUACUCAUGAACACAGAGGCAAAAUUAAAUAUACAACAAAGAUUUUCAAAUAAUUUAAACAAUAGUCUUGAUCAAAUUAUAAAUGAAAAUAAUUUAACUAAAAAAACUAAGUUUUUACAAGAGAUUUUGGAAUUUCAAAAAUUUGCACAUCGAGGCUUGGUAGCUGUCAAUUUAUUUAUUUUUAAAUACAUAAUUUCAUGGGAUGGUAUGCAAUGUGCUUGGAUUCUGUAUGAGCUCUUUGAAUAUUUAUCAUUCACAUCUGAAGAAGAAUUAAAAAAUAGAUUUUUAGAAAAAUUGUUUCCAAUAUUUAUUACUGGAGAUGAACUUAUUUGUAAAAUAAUAAUCAAAUCUUUAACCAAUCUUCUUUGUAAUUUGCAUUUAAAUUCAAGACUAACCAAAACAGAUAGGCAUAAAAUAUUGUUUGGUGAACAAUUGCGAGAAGAUGUAGAAUUUGAAAUUGUUAAAUGUUUAACAAAAUACAUAUCCCAAUGGUGUUCAAUAUGUAUAUAUCAUUAUCCACAAGAAGAACAGUUGAAACAUGUAGUUUAUUCAUUUUUUGAAAAAGUAUCAGUUUUGGAAAAUUUAAAACCUUGCAUAUGGAAUUUGUUUACAAUUAUGACACCAAAUGUUUUUUAUAAUGGGUUGAUGUCUGUUAAUAUUUACUGGUUAAAUAGAUUAGCCAAAUUAAUGAUAAGGCACAUACAAAUUGAUAUAGGUAGAAUUGAGGAAAUGACAUCUUAUUCAUCUGUUAUAAAAUCAUAUCAAAUGCUAAACUUGUAUAUGGCAGAUUUUUAUAAUGCUCUUAAGGCUGGAAAGUUGUUUGAUAAACGUGAAGAAGGAUUUAUUUUUAAAAAUCUAAAAAGAGAGGAAAUUCUUAAAGAUUUAAAAUAUGUGAAUUUAAACAUAUGUUUUAAAAUGGAUAAACAUAUUGCUUUAGCACCAUAUUAUAUGAAUACUGAAAAUACAAUUGAGGAUGCAUUAGAUUUACUCAAAAAGGAAGCACCAAAUGUACAUGCACUUAUUCUUUUAUUGGAAGAUAAUUUGGAAGAUAAUGAAAAUAAUGAUUUAAAUUUAUCUCCAGUGUAUUGAUUAAUAGUGUUAUUUAUGUAUAAUUUUUAUCUUGUACAAUUAUUAAUAUUUAAGAGUUAGAUUAUUAUUUUAUUGAAUAAUAAUGGAUUUUUAUAUUACCACAAUUAAAGAUACUAUAUACUUAUAUAUCUUUAAUCGUGUAUAUUACCUAAAUAUUUGAUAAAUGUAUUAACUGAUAAGAUUAAAUCGAAAUCUGUUAAUUUUUUUUAUUUUUAUAAGUUGACAGAAGUGUAUUUGAGAAUUUCUGAUAUUAUCUUUUUUUUUAACAUUCCGGUGGAAUUGUGGUAUCACUCUUGUUGCAUUACAUCUAUACUUACUACUAUACUUGUACUUUAUAUAAUACUCACAGAUAUGUAUAAUAAUGUAUAAUUUUUAUACAUAUUUGUGGAUACACUUUAUAUUCUUUCUUACUUAUCUAUUAUUAUAUGAACAUGUAUCUAUAUUAUACGUAUGAUUGUGAUUACUUUUAUCUGUGUAGCUAUAUACAAAAGUAAAGACUAGAGCCCGGAA